AUGGAGAAAAAGUGUGUCCUGUAUUUUCUGUUUUUCUUGCCUUGUUUUAUGAUUCUAGUCACAGCAGAAGUUGAAGAAGAACUCUCUGAUGACUUAAUUCAUUUGGGGGUUACUAGAAAUAAAAUCAUGACAGCUCAGUAUGAAUGUUAUCAAAAAAUUAUGCAGGACCCCAUUCAACAAGCAGAAGGCAUUUACUGCAACAGAACCUGGGAUGGCUGGCUAUGCUGGAAUGAUGUUGCAGCAGGAACUGAGUCAAUGCAACACUGUCCUGAUUACUUUCAGGACUUUGAUCCUUCAGAAAAAGUUACAAAGAUUUGUGACCAAGAUGGAAACUGGUUCAGACAUCCAGCAAGCAACCGAACCUGGACAAAUUAUACCCAGUGUAAUGUUAAUACACACGAGAAAGUGAAGACUGCACUGAACUUGUUUUACCUGACCAUAAUUGGACAUGGAUUAUCUAUUGCAUCACUUCUUAUCUCACUUGGCAUAUUCUUUUAUUUCAAGAGUCUAAGUUGCCAAAGGAUUACCUUGCACAAAAAUCUGUUCUUCUCUUUCGUUUGUAACUCUAUUGUAACAAUCAUUCACUUCACUGCAGUGGCCAACAACCAAGCCUUAGUGGCCACAAAUCCUGUUAGUUGUAAAGUGUCUCAGUUUAUCCACCUUUACCUGAUGGGCUGCAACUACUUCUGGAUGCUCUGUGAAGGCAUUUACCUGCACACACUCAUUGUGGUGGCUGUGUUUGCUGAGAAGCAGCACUUGAUGUGGUAUUAUUUUCUUGGCUGGGGAUUUCCACUGAUUCCUGCCUGCAUACAUGCCAUUGCCAGAAGCUUAUAUUACAAUGACAAUUGCUGGAUCAGUUCUGAUACACAUCUCCUUUACAUUAUCCAUGGUCCAAUUUGUGCUGCUUUACUGGUGAAUCUUUUCUUCCUAUUAAAUAUUGUACGUGUUCUCAUCACCAAGUUAAAAGUUACACACCAGGCAGAGUCCAAUCUCUACAUGAAAGCUGUGAGAGCUACUCUUAUCCUGGUGCCAUUACUUGGCAUUGAAUUUGUUCUUAUUCCUUGGAGACCUGAAGGAAGGAUUGCUGAGGAAGUAUUUGACUACAUCAUUCACAUCCUUAUGCACUUCCAGGGUCUUUUGGUCUCUACAAUUUUCUGCUUUUUCAAUGGAGAGGUUCAAGCAAUUCUGAGAAGAAACUGGAAUCAAUACAAAAUCCAAUUUGGAAACAGCUUUUCCCACUCAGAUGCUCUCCGUAGUGCAUCCUACACAGUGUCCACAAUCAGUGAUAGUCAUGAAUGUCCUAGUGAACACUUAAAUGGAAAAAGCAUCCAUGAUAUUGAAAAUGUUGUCUUGAAACCAGAAAAAUUAAGUGAUAUAGUUAUAUGAAAAUAGAGGCAUCAUUGCCUGCUUCAUGCCAAUCUUAACUCAAGGAUUUGGACCUGUGAUUUUACAGCAGAAGACUUCAAUAUUAAAUGAAUUUCUCUAAUGCUAUAA